GCGGCGGUGGGAAAGCAGAGCCGAGCCGGGACUGUCCAGUGGGAGCAGGCGGGCCGGCCAGCGCAGACCUGGUGGCGCACGGGCGCCGCACUGCACGGUUCAGCGAGGGGUAGAGCGGAGCCGCAGCCCCACGCGCAGCCCAGGACCCACUCGCCACCGCCGCUUCCGCAGCACCCAUGGGGACCACGAGACUUUAAAGGAGUUUGGGGUUUCGGGAGCAGGGAAAUCACGGCCCACCCCUCCGUCCUUCCUGGGCGUCCGUCUCCCACGCUGCCACAGUCAGCGCCGUCCUCCCCACUGGGACCCCGCAAGCUCUCCAGCCAGCCUGGGUGUUUUCUUCUGGGAGUUGGACCGGGUUCCCGGAAGGGGUCGGAGGCUAUGUCGUGGCAUCUGCUCUCGCCGGACCGGUGGAGGCUUCUCUGCCCCUCCUAGCCUGGGGGAGUCACGGAGGACUGGGCCGGAAAGGGUGACUCCGAUCCCCGCUCCUGGCCCUCACCUCGCCACCUCAUUGAUGGGCAACCAACUGGACCGCAUCACCCACCUCAACUACAGCGAGUUGCCCACAGGGGACCCGUCGGGGAUUGAGAAGGACGAACUGCGGGUCGGGGUCGCCUACUUCUUUUCGGAUGAUGAGGAAGACCUGGACGAACGCGGGCAGCCCGACAAGUUUGGCGUGAAGGCCCCCCCGGGUUGCACCCCCUGCCCGGAGAGCCCCAGCCGCCACCACCACCACCUGCUGCACCAGCUGGUCCUCAACGAGACUCAGUUUUCCGCCUUUCGGGGCCAGGAAUGCAUCUUUUCCAAAGUGAGCGGCGGGCCUCAGGGCGCCGACCUGAGCGUCUACGCGGUCACCGCGCUGCCAGCGCUCUGCGAACCCGGAGACCUGCUGGAGCUGCUGUGGCUGCAGCCCGCCCCGGAGCCGCCCGCGCCCGCCCCGCACUGGGCCGUCUACGUGGGCGGCGGGCAGAUCAUCCACCUGCACCAAGGCGAGAUCCGCCAGGACAGCCUAUACGAGGCGGGCGCGGCCAACGUGGGCCGGGUGGUGAAUAGCUGGUACCGCUACCGCCCGCUGGUGGCCGAGCUGGUGGUGCAGAACGCCUGCGGCCACCUGGGCCUCAAGAGCGAGGAGAUCUGCUGGACGAACUCGGAGAGCUUCGCCGCCUGGUGCCGCUUUGGCAAGCGGGAGUUCAAGGCGGGAGGGGAGGUGCCGGCCGGCACGCAGUCCCCGCAGCAGCAGUACUAUCUCAAGGUGCACCUGGGAGAGAACAAGGUCCACACCGCCAGGUUUCACAGCCUGGAAGACCUCAUCCGCGAGAAGCGCCGCAUCGACGCCAGCGGCCGCCUGCGAGUGCUCCAGGAGCUCGCCGACCUCGUGGACGACAAGGAGUAGCCGCUUAGGGGCUGCCGGCCCCUCUGCCUCCCCACACUUCGCUCCCUUCCCUUCCCCGCACCCGGACUUCGCAGUUGGCGGUUCUCAACCCCUGCCCCCCAAGCGCGUCCGCUGCGGGUGUCCCGGGCCCGGGCUGCACCCCCGCACCCUCCAGCCAGCGGCAGGCAGUCUCAGGAACUGCCCCAGGGCCGAAAGGGCGCCGCUGAGCGCGCCUGUGGGACAGCCACGGUGGUAGUGACGGUGCUGGGAGACCCCGCGUGCGCUUUCCCCUUGAGAUGUAAACCGGGAACGGAGAAGGGGCUGAGGGGAGAAAGGAUAUGGCCCCCCCCACGAGUCCAUGGCCAGUGACUGUGGCCCGACCCGAAAACGACCCUCUUCUCAAAAGGGACCAUCACCGCCCCAAGCGCGCGCACAGAGACCGGUCGGAGGCGAGAAUUGGUCUUUUCAGGGCACAGUUCAGCUCCUCUGUGGAUGCGUCCCCAGAUCGCAGGAUUUCCAAGAAAUCGAGCCUGUCCCUUGUGCACUUGGGAAUAAUUCCCCAAGACAGCACUUCGGGAUUCCGGGUUAUCCUGAGGCUGCCCGGGACUUUUCCAGCUCUCCAGCCCCAGGUCUCCUGACAUUGUGUUCCAGGCUGCGGGCUAAGCCAGACAGUGUUUGCCUCCCGUUCUUUCCACCGAGGGAAGCGAACGCCACCCCCACCCGCCUUUGCCUCCGAGUCUCCCUCGCUGGCGAAGGGAAGCCGACCUGGUCCCGGGAGGAAGAUGGCGCAGCGAUUUCGAAUUUUAGAGCUGGAUCUUUGUCUCAUGGAUGCUCUUAGGAGACCCACCAAGCACCAACCCCUGAUAUUGCAACUGGACCCCUUGACCUGGAUGAAUGUAUUCUUUUCAGCAACCAUAUGCUCCCUCCUGUUACCAGGUAAGGUAAGAAUCAAUUCCUCUACCUAGCAGCUCUGCUGGGUGAAAUAUCAGGAGAUCCCACCCAAGCUUUCUCUUGCAUGUAGCCUAUAUCCAUCAUGGGAGCACAGGCUAAUCCUACAGUUGGCCAGCCUCUUGUCCUCUGGAUAUCCUGGGAGCAAAUCCCAGUGAAGGAAUCUCCAGUGGUUCCCUGAAGCCCUUUGUGCUAGGCCUGAGGUGAGACAGAACUGCCCCAUCUUAUACUCAGGAGACCUGGGAGGACUCACAGUGCACCACCGUCCUCAAAACUUCUCUCUCCCUGUAGGCGGCUGUGGUCUGAAUCUUUGUGUCUUCCUAAAAUUCAUAUGUUGAAAUCCUAACCCCCUAGGUGAUGAUAUUAGAAGGUGGGACCUUUCAGGAGUUGACUAAAACAUGGGGGAAAAGCCCUCACAAAUGGAUUAGUUCCCUUGUAAAAUAGGUCCAAGGAAACUUGCUCACUUCUAACACCAUGUGAGGACACAGCGAGAAGGCACCAUCUAUAAGCCAGAAAGCAGUCCCUCACCAGACAUAGAUCUGCUGGCACCUUGAUCUUGGACUUCCCACCCUCCAGAACUGGGAGAAAUAAAUGUAUAUUGUUUAUAAGCAACACAGUUUAUGGUAUUAUAUCAUAGCAGCCCAAAUAGACAUUGUAUUUCCUCAAUGUUGGUUUAAGAGUUGUCUAAACCAGUUUCCUAUUAUUAUACUGUGGAUGUUUCUAGCUCUCAGUAUAGCAUUCCACCUCUUUUCUAUCUCUAGUGACUUAGUCAAAGCAUCUAGUUGAACACCCUGUUAUUUAAAGAAACCAGCAUUCACUGGCUGUUCCCAGUUCCAGGGACUCAGGUGGCUUCAUAAUUUGUCUUGUUUCCUUGCACUUAGGAAAAGUACUGACAGCUCGUAAUUGGUUGUAUUUCUUAGGAUAUUUGCAUUUAAACUAGAAGUAAUGCUUUAUUUUCUUGGUAUAAUUUGUCUUACAUUUUUGAAAGUAAUAGCUAUUCAUUAAAUUACAUUUGAAAAUGUAGGAAGAAAGAAAAAAAUUGUCUAUAGUUCUACCACUCAUAUAAAACCACUAUUCACAUAUGUGUACUUUCCUCUAUUAACCUUUCAAAGCAUGUCUCAAUUUUAAUUGUAUUCACACAAAUACAAUUUUAUAUCAUACAUUUUACUUAUUAAUAUGCUAUUAGCAUCACCAAUGUCAAUAUAAACUCCAUGUAAACAUCAAUUUAAUGGUUGCAAAGUAUUAUAUCAACUGGAUAUGCCAUGGAUUAUUUAAUCACUGUAUUUAUUGUUAAAUAUUUGCAUUGUUUACACUGUUUAGUAUUGAAAAACAUGCUGCAAUAAAUAUCUUUGGAUA